AUGCCGUCUAUCUCGGGGAAACUCUUUCUGUACAUCCCCCAGGAUAUUUUUGUCAAAGCUAUCGAGGUGAAAGUAGUAGGAAGCUUGAAAAUACCACGCCCUGAGAUCAUCGCAGGACCCUGCCAGGGUGGCACUACCGUGGAACGCAGCCAAACUUUGGCCUCGUCGAGAGACAAGUCAUUCCGACUACCAAGGGGAAGGUAUGAGUUUCCGUUCGAGUUGCCUCUUGCCCAAGAAAUGAUGGAUACCGUCACUGGCGUGGGGCACGAGUAUCAUUCCUACGAAGUCCGGGGUGUUGUUCAUCGGCACUUCUAUUCAGAUAUCGAGUCGUCCUCUCCACUUAGGAUUCAUCGGACCCCCAACGUCUUUUAUGCGAACCUUCUCGAUCAAGUCGUGCCGUCAGUCGAAGAGCAUCUGAACGAGAGACUUGAUCUCCGAUACCGAAUCUCGAUCCCCAUGCACAUCCCUUUCGGAGCAAGCUUUCCCCUACGAGUCGAAUAUUCCUCGCUAUCGGACCAGCCGCAGAAAGGUCAAUUGCGAUCUGUUAUCCACCCCCGCAGCAUCACCAUCCACAUCACCGAGACCCAUGCCCUCAAAGUCACGCCCACAGCUUCGGAUGCAAUAAACUACAAUAACCCCCUACCACUAAUUUUUCGGAAAGAGCAUGUCAUACUUCACCAGAGCUACACGUUCCAACCACCUGCAAGGGCCCUCUUACCCGAGUCUCUAGACUUUGACUACUCUUCAACAAUACCCGUUCACCUUCCACGGGAUUUCCACGCCUGCACGCAAGACGUUCAGUCGGAGCUGAUCAAGGUGCAUCAUAAUCUACGUUUCAACGUUGAAUUCGGACGCGAACGCGAGGACGAAACAGAGUCUUCGCAACAGAACAAGUUCACAGGGACCAUUCCGUUCCGAAUAUACAUGUCCCCAUGUACAGUCAUGCACCAUGAUGUCGUAUACCAGCAGAACCUCCAAGAGCUUGAGAGGGAGCUAGGGAUAGGGCAUGACGAGCCACUGCCUCCAUACAGACAGAGAGAGCAUUCCUAUCCCCAUCCUCUGUCAGGAAGUCCGCCAACCUAG